AUGUCGGGGCCGAUGUCGGUGCCGAUGUCGGGGCCGAUGUCGGGGCCGCCGCCGGUCCCCCGGCCGGACGCGAUGGCGCUGUGCCCGGAGCCGGAGCGCUCGCUGUCGCUGCUGGAGCCGGGCGGCGGCGGGGCCGAGCAGCAGCAGCAGCAGCAGCAAGAGCGGCGGGCGGACGCGGCCCCCAUGCCCAUGGUGUUCCUGUGUGCCGGCUGCAGGCGGCCCGUGGGCGACACCUCGAGCUGGGUGUUAAAUGACGAGGAGAGCGGCUGCAUCCUGCUGCGCAGCGCGGCCGCCAGCGUCGCCGUGGACCCGGAGAGGAAGGUCUCCAAGCUCCCCGGAGAGUGCGGAUGCACGGUCGAAACCCUGUUCUGCUCUGGCUGCUCAAGGACACUUGGCAGCAUCUACAGGUGCACCUCAAGGCAUCUCGACUACAAGAGAGAUUUGUUCUGUUUCAGUGUUGACUCUGUUGAAAGCUAUAUUCUAGGAACCCCGGAAAAGCAAGCACUUCUUCAUGAGGAACCGCUUACUCUUGAAAGUCGAGCUGUCUUGCAAGAGGUGCUGCAAAGGGUAGAUGCGAUGCUCAAAACUCUGGAGACAAGACUGACGGCUGCUGAGUCGCGGGUGGCUGCUCUGCAGACGAAAGGCUGAGGUGAGACCAGAAUCUGCAGUCUCUGACUCUCCGUGUCUUGCUGAGGCUGAAGCCAUAUUUGCUGUCAAUGACGACAUAGUGGAAGAUGCUAAAGACUGAAAACUUGGUUUUUUUCCCCGUGAAUGCCAAGACUCUCUCUGCAGCUGUGCCCUGUAUAUCUCUUAAAAGAGUUUUCGGGUUUAGAAAGGUUUUUACAUUCUGCAAUAUUUAUCUAUAACUCAAUUAAAAAGAAACAUACUGUAUCAA